UGGCAGAGACUGGCAGAGACUGGCAGAGACUGGCAGAGACUGGCAGAGACUGGCAGAGACUGGCAGUCGAUGCCAACAAUUGGAAAACUUGGCGAGGGGGAGGCGGCGCCGCGGCGGAUACAGUACAUAUUCUCCUCUCCAUGGAGUACCCGAGUACCCUUGCUUCGUACCUACCUAGGUAAACAUGCUCGCAUCCUAGCAACUUUAUCCAGUAAAUUUAUCUGGGUUUGAUUGUCUAACAGCAGUCCAGCACUUUACUUUCCACUCUGAAACUCAUAACAGCGGCAACAGAUCCAGAAACCCCAUAAUAAAAAGUCGCGAUGUUGUGUUCCAUUGUCAUGAAAGUCUCAAAGCCCCGCCUCCACCACCUCUUUACGCGCUUCAGAGCAGCGCAUCCAAUCGUUCCGUCCCUGCGACCCCCCGAGUCCAGCCCUGACCACUCGGAAGACGGCCUGUCGCGUCUUCUCAUUCAUAACAAAGAGCCACCAGGGGAGCGAGGGGCGAGCCGAUGAAACGCUUAUUACUGUAUUGGGUAUUUGUUUUGAUCUGGCCUUGCAUUGACAUGAGCCCUGAGGAGCAGAGUCGCGAUGUCGACCGCGACGUGAGGUCUCCUUGACGGUCUCUGCUCUGGUAGCUGCUGCACCAUGGUGGAGAGGGAUAUCGAGCGUGCUUUGGUACUAUCCUCUCUUAACUCAGCAUUGUGCUUCUCUUCUUCAUCUUCUUUCUUCAAAUUGCGAGUUCGCAACCUUACAACAAUUCAUGUUCUGGGUUGUCGUUCUGGCUGGCUGAAAAGUGAAGUCGUCUAUCGUGAAUUGCAACGUGCAACUGGCUUAGGGCGCUUGAUUCGGCUUAGCGUACUCCGGACUUCGAGUUCACAACCUCCCCUUACGCAUACGAUUGUCGAGCUCCCGCCUGCACGAACAACAAUAACGACGCCCAAUUCAACCUCUCGCGGACUACGGCUGUUGCGUGUGGUGGAGGACUCUUGCCGGCAAUCUUGCAGUCGAUGCAAUUGUGAAGAAGGCUGAGAAGGACAAUAAUCAUCGCUUGGGGUCGGAGAACGAGGCGAUUGCGGUGGCAGGGCAACAAUUGAUUGUCAAUAACAACAUCUCAAUUCCACGACUAUUGCGCGUAACGACGAGCUUGCUUUCUUCGGAGCUUCAAACAUUUGUGGACGGUCAACCAGUCGAGACCGACUCACCAGAGGCUGUAGAGCAGCGGCAGAUCUGAAAUCGAGCUCGAGACGGAUCUUCGCAACUCAUUCCUGCUUCAACCAAACAACACCAUGGGGGCCCAAGAAGAGCUGUUCACCUCUGUGAUAUCUCGUGCGCAUAUUGCAAAAGCUGCAAAUUCUCUCAAUACACCGCCUGUGGCUACUCCACCCCGCAGCGCUACCCCUCGUCCAGCGGGCGAGAAGAGGAAAUCAGAUCGGAAGGCGGCAGAGGAGAAUGCGCGACAUGGAAGAUCUUCUGGGACACCUGGUGCUUCAGCGAUCGAUGCGAAUGACUUGAGCAAAGCGCUCUUGAAGGAAUUUGAAGAUGCUGGAAGGCCGCGAGAUGUGACGCCUGGAGGAAGCCCAAGCAGAAAGCGGCAACGAGUGUAUGGUGACAGAUUCAUUCCGAAUCGAGAAGGACAGGAUCUUCAAGCCAGCUUCAGUCUACUUCAUGAUGAUGGAUCUCCGGCAACUCCCUCUAAACAGAAAAAGCGUACUCCUCAUGGCGAGCUUCAUUUCCAAAAGACUGAAGAAGCAAACCGAACAUUUUCGACGUUACUUCGACAUGAGAUCUUUGAUACGACUAUCCCACAACCCACACCCCCAGAUCUCUCGCCAGAUCCCUCCCGCUUACCAUCAUCUCAUUCGACGACCGUUCAUGACCCGACACGCUCACAUACACCCCCUAAUAAUACAUCUAAUACAUCUCUUCCAGCCUCUAUGACACCCUCGACUCCUCACAAGAACCUCUUUACAUAUAUGUCACCGAGACAUCACACAAAUAUUGCUGGACACCCCACCCCCUCAAGGACACCCCAGAGUCGACAUGGCCCGCAUCUUGACUCCAGGUCAGAGCUUUACAGUCUAUCUCCUGUACGACUUGGCAGCCAGCAGAUGUUGUUGAGCCCGAGGAAACAGCCCCGGGCUGUGAGCAAAGUACCCUACAAGGUUCUGGAUGCACCAGAUUUAGCGGAUGAUUUCUAUCUUAACCUUGUAGACUGGGGCAGUAGCAAUGUGCUUGGUGUAGGACUUGGAAGCUGUGUGUACAUGUGGAAUUCACAAUCUGGUCGAGUCAACAAGCUAUGUGAGCUCCAGGAUGAUACUGUCACGAGCGUGUCUUGGAUUCAACGAGGCUCACAUAUUGCCAUCGGCACUGGGAAAGGAUUUGUUCAAAUCUGGGAUGCCGAACGAGUACGGCGACUAAGGACUAUGACAGGACAUACGGCACGGGUCGGAGCACUUGCUUGGAAUGAUCAUAUUCUCACCUCUGGCUCUCGUGAUCGAUUGAUAUAUCAUCGCGAUGUUCGUGCACCGGAUCAAUGGCUCCGAAAGCUUGUAGGACACAAGCAAGAAGUCUGUGGACUACGGUGGAACUGUGAAGAUGGGCAGCUUGCUUCUGGUGGGAACGAUAACAAGCUCAUGGUCUGGGACAAGCUGAACGAGACUCCUCUCUGGAAGUUCAGUGAACACACAGCAGCUGUCAAAGCAAUUGCCUGGUCACCUCAUCAGCGUGGACUUCUCGCAUCUGGAGGUGGAACAGCAGAUCGAAGAAUCAUUUUUCACGAUACAUUGCGAGGUACCGUCGUCAACGAGAUUGACACUGGAUCCCAAGUCUGCAACCUCGCUUGGAGUAAGAACAGCAACGAGAUUGUCAGCACGCACGGCUACUCCCAAAAUCAAAUCGUCGUGUGGAAGUAUCCCAGCAUGAGCCAAGUUGUGAGCCUAACAGGGCACACCUACCGUGUCUUGUACCUGGCCAUGAGUCCUGACGGACGAACAAUCGUAACCGGUGCGGGCGACGAAACUCUACGCUUCUGGAACGUAUUCGGCAGGAAACCCGGACAAAGAGAGGAUGGCGACGCAGGGGGCGGUGGAAAGCUUGGGGACUGGGGUGUGAUUAGAUGAGCGGCAUCAUCGCUCGUAUCUUGGCUUUUGCGCUCAUGGCUGUCAUCCGCAAGACAUAGAUGGCGGAGGUUUGACAGGUGAAUGGAGGAAGAGAGGCAGGCGUGGAGUGAUCUUUCGAACAAGCAUAACUGGCGUUUUCGGAAUGUGCUAAUAUGGUACUGGAACAAUGGGGUACACUAUGGGACAUGGUUCUGGUCUGGUUUACAUUACGCAUUUUCAUGAAACGAGCGAGCGAGUGAGCGGCAACCGGAAUGGGUUAUUUUUGGGAUCAUUUGCUGUUUUGCUUGUUGCCUUUGCUUGCGAUUUGAGCAUAAGCAAAUGCAGAACAUAUGUGUGUCGCGACCGCCGUCAUAUCAUAUGAGGCUGGCUGGUUGACACGGUGGCUAGAUGGAUGCAUGCAUGGAUUCAGAGAAAUAUUCUACGCCGAUAGCUAGGCAGGCUCUGUUUUGUGCACCUUGAUUGACAAGCAGCUUAGCUGAGGUAGCAAGCUCGCUAGCUAGUGAGAAUGCAGGACACUGCGAACGUAAUCAAUCUCAACUACCUAGAUAUCGUACACUUCGAGCUCCUUAUUUAUUCACAGGGUUGUAAGUGGUGAUGUGAGAAUCAUCAUUGAUUUCAAUUGGAAG